AUGAUUCUUCAGGAAUUGGUACAUCAGGCUGCUUCCCUUUAUUCAGAGAAAAUAGCUGUAUGCUUUGAUGAAUGUAACAACCAGCCUCCAAUUUAUUACACCUACAAGACUGUGGUUAAUGCUGCUUCAGAAUUAUCAAAAUUUCUGCAAUUACACUGUGAUUUUCAAACAAAUCGGGAAAUUGGCCUCUACUGCCAUCCUGGGAUAAACUUACCCUCAUGGAUUUUAGGAAUUCUCCAGGUCCCUGCUGCUUAUGCUCCUAUUGAUCCCGAUUCACCACCAACAUUAUCAACUUAUGUUAUGAAAAAAUGUAACCUUACCUAUAUCCUGGUUGAAAAAACGCAAGUUGAUAAAUUCAGGUCUUCCUAUGCCUCAUUACUGAAUUAUGAUACAUUGUCAGUAGAACAUACUGACCUAGUGCUCUUCAAACUUCACUGGAAGAAUAUUGAGUUGAAUUUGACACCAAGUGAUGGAAAAGAGGACUAUGGAAAAGAAAACAUGAAAAACAGCAGGUGUUCUGGAAACAGCAAUGAAGAAAAGUCAGAAUACAUAGAUGUGAGGCUGAAGCAUUGCUUAGCUUAUAUUCUGUAUACUUCAGGGACCACAGGAACUCCUAAGAUUGUCAGAGUGCCGCAUGCAUGUAUAGUACCAAAUAUCCAGCAUUUUCGGAUCAUUUUUAAGGUAACACCUGAAGAUGUUUUGUUUCUGGCAUCACCUCUGACUUUUGAUCCUUCUGUUGUGGAAAUAUUUGUUGCUUUAUCAAGUGGUGCCUCUCUGCUUGUUGUACCAACUUCUGUCAAAAUGCUCCCAUCAAAAUUAGCUGCUGUUCUCUUUUCUCAUCACAGAGUGACUGUUCUGCAGGCAACCCCCACAUUGCUUAGAAGAUUUGGAUCUCAGCUUAUCAAGUCAGCUGUUUUAUCAGCUAGUACUUCUCUUCGAGUACUAGCUCUCGGUGGCGAAGCAUUUCCAUCAUUGACUGUUCUCAAAACCUGGAGAGAAGAAGGCAAUGAAACACAAAUAUUUAAUAUCUAUGGCAUCACAGAGGUUUCAAGUUGGGCGACCUUUUAUAGGAUUCCAGAGAGGAUUCUUAACUCUACUUUGAAAUGUGAAUUGCCUGUGCCACUGGGAUCUCCACUGCUUGGAACAGUAGUUGAAGUCAGAGACUCUGAUGGCUUCCCAGUUCAAGAAGGCAACGGCCAACUGUUUUUAGGUGGUAGAAACCGAGUUUGUUUUCUUGAUGAUGAAAUGACAGUACCACUUGGCACAAUGCGAGCCACAGGAGACUUUGUGACUGUGAAAGAUGGAGAGAUAUUUUUUAGUGGCCGAAAGGACAGUCAGAUCAAACGCCACGGCAAACGUCUUAAUGUGGAGCUUGUGCAACAGGUAGCUGAAGGGCUACCGCAAGUGGAAUCAUGUGCAGUUACAUGGUAUAAUCAGGAAAAACUAAUUCUUUUCAUGGUGUCCAAAGAAGAGUUAGUAAAGGAUUACAUCUUUAAAGAACUUCAGAAACAUCUUCCAAAUCAUGCAAUACCAGAUGAGCUUGUGUUGAUUGAUUCUCUACCAUUUACAUCUCAUGGCAAAAUUGAUGUUUUGGAGUUAAACAAGAUUUAUUUAAACUACGUGAACUUGAAGUCUGAUUGUAAGCUCAAUGGAAAAGAGGAACUUUGGGGAAAAUUACUGUAUUUGUGGAAGUCUAUUCUGAGUCUUUCAGAAGAUCCUUUGACGAUUCCAAAAGAGUCAUUCUUCUUACAUGGUGGUGGAGAUUCCUUAAAGUCUGUCCGGCUCCUCAAUGAGAUUGAGAAUCUGGUUGGUGCAUCAGUACCCGGGCUUCUGGAAAUUAUUCUCAGCUGUUCCCUAUUAGAGAUUUAUAAUCACAUCCUUCAAACAGUGUUUACUGAUGAAGAAGACCUACCACUCAGCAAGAGUUACGGCACAAAACGAAAAUUCAGUGGCACUCAUCAAGAGGAGUCCAGUGGAAAAUAUCUGCACCAGAACCCGGAUAAGCUUUUAGAUUGUGAUAGUGCUUUCAUUGCACUGAACAGAGGGAGUCAGAUUUUAUGUCUGGGAACUACCAAGGCAGAACUUCACUCUUCUUCCUCUUCUUCGGGUCUGAUUUCACAGGUUGAUACUCAAGAUGUGCAAAGCAUAAAUACCCCUCCUUAUAGUGAGAAGUCAAAGAAGCCAUCUAGUGUUGCAGAAAUUUCUGAAAAGGAGAAACUGGAGCUACGUGUGAGGUGGAGGUCAGACACAGGCAAAUGUGUAGACGCUUCACCUCUGGUGAUAAUACCAGCUGUGGACAAGUCAUCUGCAACUGUGUACAUUGGCUCCCAUUCUCAUAGAAUGAUGGCUGUUGACCUUUAUUCUGGGAAGGUGAAAUGGGAACAGAUUUUAGGAGAUCGAAUUGAAUCCUCAGCAUGUGUAUCUAAUUGUGGAAACUUUAUUGUAGUGGGCUGUUAUAAUGGGUCAGUUUAUGUUCUAAGAAGUAGUAGUGGAGAAAAAUACUGGAUAUUUACCACUCAGGAUGCCGUCAAAAGCUCUGCAACCAUGGAUCCAACCACAGGACUCCUGUACAUCGGUUCUCAUGACCAGCAUGCAUAUGCUUUGGAUAUUUAUAAAAAGACAUGUGUCUGGAAGUUAAAAUGUGGAGGAACUGUUUUUUCUUCUCCAUGUUUGAACCUGAUCCCGUAUCACGUAUAUUUUGCUACACUGGGAGGACUUUUACUGGCUAUAAAUCCCGCUACUGGAGACAGAGUUUGGAAACGCUUCUGUGGAAAACCUCUCUUCUCUUCUCCACGGUGUGGUCUACAGUACGUUUGUAUUGGCUGUGUAGAUGGGAAUUUACUCUGCUUUACUCAUUUUGGAGAACAGGUUUGGCAGUUCUCUACCAGUGGACCAAUUUUUUCAUCCCUAUGUACCUCACCAUCAGAGCAAGAGAUCUUUUUUGGCUCCCAUGAUAGCUUUAUCUAUUGUUGUAACAUGAAAGGACACCUCCAGUGGAAAUUUGAAACUACAUCAAGGGUGUAUGCAACACCAUUUACUUUCCAGAACCACAGUUGUAGUGAUGAAACAUUGCUGGCAGCAGCAUCUACUGAUGGGAAACUGUGGAUCUUGGAAUCGAAGAGUGGCCAAUUGCAAAGUGUAUAUGAACUUCCUGGAGAGGUCUUCUCUUCUCCUGUUGUCUGGGAAUCAAUACUUGUUAUUGGGUGUAGAAAUAAUUAUGUUUAUUGUCUGGAUUUAUUGGGUGGCAAUAAAAAAUAA